CCGCCCUCUGAAAUAGUUUCACUUUUGUGUGUAGUUAACUUCCUCACCCAGACCUCAGGAACCAGCAGCUACGGAGGGACCUGGCAGUGAAUAUGUGACUGUCUGCUGUGUGGAGAAGGGAGUGGAAAAGACUCCAUGUCAAAUCUCCGAAGAUACAGAAUGUGAGAGAAGACUCCAUGACCUGUUGAAACCAGUGGCAACCAGUGCAUUGGACAGAGACUCAGGAGAGGAAAAGCCAUGGCCUCAAAGAAGAUGAGGGAGGAAGCCACCUGCUCCAUCUGCCUGCACCUGAUGACUAACGCAGUGAGCAUCAACUGUGGACACAGCUACUGCCAAGCGUGCAUAGUGAGCUGCUACCAGAUGCAACCAUGGCAGAAUACAUUCUGCUGUCCCCAGUGUCGAGCACCAUUUAACAUGGCGAGCCUCCGACCCAACAAGCAGCUGGGAAAUCUCAUUGAAGUCAUCAAGGAGAUGGACCAGGAAAUGUCAUGUGAGGAACAUGGAGAGAAGCUCCACCUGUUCUGUGAAGACGAGGGCCAGCUCAUCUGCUGGCUCUGUGAUCGUGGACCACAGCACAAAGGGCAUGCCACAGCUCUGGUGGAAGAAGCAUGCCAAGGCUACAAGGAAAAGCUCCAGCAAGCUGUGACAAAACUGAGGCAACUGCAAGAGGAAUGUAUGAACCUGCAGCUGUUCACAGCAGAGCAAAUAACCAAAUGGAAUGAGAAGAUAGAGGCUCAGAAACAAAAAAUCCAGUCUGACUUUAAGACUCUCCAGAGUUUCCUUCGUGAGGAAGAGAAAUCUUAUCUAUGGAAACUGGAGGAAGAAAAAGAGCAAACUCUGAGGAGACUGAGGGACAAUAAGGCCAAUCUUCAACAGAAGAACCAUGAACUCCAGAACCACAUCCUGGAACUAGAGAAUAAAUGUCAGGGCUCAGCCCAGAAAUUGCUUCAGGAUGUGAAAGAUACUUUGAGCAGGAGUUGUGCUGUGAAGCUAGAACCACCAGAGGCCCUCUCUUUGGACCUUCAUACUGUGUGCAAUGUUUCGGAGCUUUACUUUGAUGUAAAGAAAAUGUUAAGGAGACAUCAAGUCAGCGUGACUCUGGAUCCAGAUACAGCUCAUUAUGAACUAACUCUGUCUGAGGAUGGGAGACAAGUGACUCGUGGAUGCCCUCAGGAGAAGCUUGAUAAUUCUUCUAGGAGAUUUAGUGCCUUGCCCUGUAUCCUGGGCUGUGAAGGCUUCACUUCAGGGAAACAUUACUUUGAAGUAGAUGUGGGAGAAGGAACUGGGUGGGAUUUAGGAGUCUGUAUGGAAAAUGUUCAGAGGGACACUGUCAUGGUGCCGACGCCUCAGUCUGGAUUCUGGGCCAUCAGACGGUGCAAGGAAGGCUAUGUAGCGCUUACUUAUCCCCUAACUUCCAUUCAACUGACAGAGCAGCCCCUGGUUGUGGGGAUUUUUCUGGACUUCGAGGCUGGAGUUGUGUCCUUUUACAAUAUGGCCACUGGCUCUCACAUCUUCACCUUCCCAAAGGCCUCCUUCUCUGAUACUCUCCGGCCCUAUUUCCAGGUCUAUCAGUAUUCUCCUUUGUUCCUGCCUCCCCCAGAUGAGUAAGGGACAGACCAAAGUCUCCUCCUUGGUUUAACUAGUAUACAGAAUAUAAUCUAAAUCUCAUGAGGACAGAAAUGUAGUCUCUUUUCUUCACUGCUAUUUCCCUGUACCUAGAACAGUGCUGGACUUUUCGUGCAUAGUUAAUAAAUUUGCAUUGAAUAAA